AUGGGACCUUCAGCAUCUGCUACUCUGCCUUCUCGGGACCCUGCCUGGCUCCAAGUGGAUGCCAUAAAGGAAGAAGCCAGGGCUCGUGGGUUGCCAACUACCUGGUCCCAGGAACCAGUCACUUUUGCGGAUGUGGCUAUGGUGUUUAGUCCAGAAGAAUGGGUCUUUUUGGAUUCUGUUGAGAGAAGUCUGUACAGAGAUGUGAUGCUUGAAAACUUCAGGAACCUGGUCUCUACAGCAGAUCAACUAUGCAAAAUCAGCACAGCGUCUGAUUUGGAGCAAACAGAAGAACCGUGGAGCACUGAGAGAGGAAUCUUCUCAGCGACCUGUUCAGAACCACAAUUUCAACCCCAUGAGUCAAUUCCAACCCAGGAUAUUUUUUGCAGAGAUUCCAUCCAUUGGCAAAAAGCUCUCCAUCUGAGAAGAUUUAUGGAAGAACAACCUCAGUGUGGAGAAAAACUUUACAAAUAUACAAAAUUGGGGAAACCAUUUAGCAGUAUAGAACCACUUUGUGAGUACCACGGAGACCUUGCUGAAGAGCCCUUCUAUGAAAGUCAGGAGAACAGAAACUACUUCUUCCAGGAUGCACUUCUAAUGACACCUGAAAAAAUCUGCAGCGUGAAUAAAACCUAUGCGUGCAACCAAUGUGAAAAGACUUUUUGCUACAGCUCUCACCUCAUGAGGCACAAGAAGAUGCACACUGCAGAGAAGUUCUUCAAGUGCCAGGAGUGCAGGCAAGCCUUCAAGUAUUCCUCCAACCUGCGGCGGCACCUGAGGACCCACACUGGAGAGAAGCCCUUUGAGUGUGGUCAGUGUGGGAAAGCCUUCACCAGGAACUUCAAUCUGGUUUUGCACCAGAGAAACCACACAGGAGAAAAGCCCUAUGUGUGUAAGGACUGUGGGAAGGCAUUCAAUCAGCCAUCAUCUCUCAGGAGCCACAUGUGAACACACACCGGAGAGAAGCCCUUUGAAUGCAGCCACUGUGGGAAAGCAUUCAGAGAGCACUUGUCCCUUAAAACACUCCUGUGCACCCAUACCAGGGAGAAGCCUUAUGAGGGCAACCAGUGUGGGAAGCUCUUCCGCACCAGCACACACCUGAAUGUGCACAAGAAAAUCCACACUGGGGAGAAACAGUAUGAGUGUGGGACCUGCGGGCAGGUCUUGAGUUGCCUCUCCACCCUGGAGAGUCAUAUGCGAACUCACACAGGGGAGAGGCCCUAUGCCUGCCAGGAAUGUGGGUGGGCCUUUGGCCAGUCUUCACACCUCACUGUGCCUGUGAGAACCCACAGGGUGGGGAUACCCUGCCCCUGCAAUCAGUGUGAGAAAACCUUCAGACACAGCUCAUCCCUCAUUGUGCACAAGAGGACCCACAAUGGGCAAGAGAGCACUAGGCAAGGUGGCCUGCCCUUGUCAAUGCCUCAGACCUACAGUGGGCUCCUAGGAAGUUGAUGUCUGGUUUGUACAGAUACACACAUGGUGGGCUG